UGCUGAUAUCAAUCCUAGCUGCCCUUUUUCGCUGUGUUCCAUGUCCGAUGCCUGGCCACCCAGACUCCGAAGCUUUUUCCAAGCACGCCUCAGUGAGCUUCACAUCACCGACGUGCAUCCCUACCUCAGCGCCCUCGAGCAGGUCGCUCAAGAAGAACUCAUCGCUGAAGGCCUUCGCGCCGAAGCCACCUCCACAUCGGAGUGCGGCGAGGUCGAGCGGUGCUCCCAUCGCCGUGCCGGUCAACGCCUGCGUGAGCUGGGCCUGCUCUGGUUGGACGCCCUCCGCAACCCGCGUCCCGCCGCGGAAGAAGGUCCGUCACCGGAGCAGCUGCGGCAGCUCCGGGCACGCCAGCGGUGCACGAAGGAGGCGUUUGAAGCACAGGAACGGAUCCACCGGGCGUUGCGGGAGCGAGGGGAGCUGCGGUUGACGGAGGAUGAGUUGGAGAUGUAUUCCAACUGUGCGAAGGUGGUUGGGUCGAAGAGUUGGAGCCAGGCCACUGUGCAGUGGGUCUUGGAUGAGUUGGAUGAAACGGGCGCAGGCGAGGACGCUCGGCUUUUGGAUGUGGGUAGCAGCUAUGGCGCUUUUCUGAGCUACUUGAAGAAGUCAGUGGCACUUGAUUUGGCGCCAGCUAUACCUGGCGUGUGGCGGGGAGACUUUUUACAGCUAGAGAUCAAGGAGAGAGAAGGGUUUGAAGGUGAGGACUAUGAAGUUGAUGAACAUGGUGAACUUCAAAGCCUCCGGGCUGGAGCCUUCGACGCGGUGGUUUUAAGCUUAGUCUUAUCCUUCUUGCCCACCCCACAGCUCCGGCGCGCCAUGCUGGACCGUGCCCGGCGUUGCUUGCGGGAGGAUCCCCCUGGGUCUUUGUUUGUGAUCGAGAAGACGUCCUUGAUCCCACGCGACGUGCAGGAGGGGCGCCUGGCGCGGCAAGCUUUCCAAGAGGCCUUAGAGGCUGCAGGUUUUCAAAGCCAGACGUUUCUAUCGUUGGGGCAACUGGAUGGAGAACAGAGACCUCAUGCUCAUGCCUGGCACCUCCGCACAGCACCGGCUCGCUCCAGUUCGCCCUUGCCCCACUUCAAGGAGGAUGCCUCCGCAUCAAGGGAUGACUGCGCUGGAUCGGAGAUUCCGGCAGGAUCACGGAACAAAAGGCGUUUUUGGUGCGUUUGGGCACUGGGGUGGGGUGGUGGUUUCAGAUCGAUAUUUAAUGAUAUUUCUGUGUUCAACCUUUACUUGGUAUGAUUGAACCCACUGAGCUCCAUAUAUUCGUUUGUCUUCGUUGAAGCCACCAGUCGCAGAGUCGCAGAUCAGGAGGGAAUCGAAGGAAACACGACGAACGGCGAUGCUUUUUGUCACCGGAGAUGUCCAGACAUCCCGAGGAAUGCGUGACGCCGCUGAGAGACCACAAGAAUCGGUGCUGCGAACGACGAAAUCGAUUCCCAGACAGGUCGUUUUUGGGGGAUAGUGGUCCCCAGAAAGUGGCACGGCUUCCAAUUCAUGGUGAACGUGGGGACCCACCAGCCAUGUGCCCACCUAAACCCUAAACCCGAAUGCCAUGCGUUGGGCGGUGCUUUAGACAGAUCUUGGGAAUCGGUUCAGAGCUGAGAAAACACCCAAAGUGCGGCUUGC